AUGAAAAAGCAGUCAUCAUCAUCAGAAAAAUUCUAAAAAGAUAGAGAAUUAUGGCUGACAAACAAUGCUUAAGAGGAUAUUACUCUAAGCAGUUUUAGUAAAAAUGUAGAUAAAGUAAAAUAAAAUAAUUAUAGAUAAAACGGCUUAGUUACUGGGACUAUAUUCUUUAAUGAGACUUCAGCAUAGAAAUAAUUACAAAAUUAGAUCAAUUAAAACAUGGUUAAGAAUUGCUAAUUGAAUUAGAAUGCUUCGCCAUCAAGCUACGUAUUUUAAAAGAAAUAAAAUAAAUUAGAAGAAGAAAUCAUAAAAAAUGGAGUAAGAACAUCAAUUAGUAGUUCUGAAAAUUAGCAGGAUUAAGAUGAUACUAUUAGGAAUAUAGUUCAUAAAGUUGAAAUCGACUCUGAAGGUAUCAUACAAGAAAAAACAUAUAAGCAAGUGAUUGAUUAGCAGAUUUAAAGAGAAAAUCAUCUCAAGAAUUUAUAAAAUAAAUACAGAUAAAAUCAUAUUAAGGUAGAAGAUAAUGAAGAUGAAAAAAGCUCACUUAAGUUGCUAAAGUCAGCACAAUUUAAUAAAAUCACAGAAAGCGAUAAUUGCAAAACUUAAAAUAAAAUGUAAGUCAAAAGUAAAGCUCAAUAAGAUUUGCAGUUAAACUAUAGUUAUGUUUCCUUUGAUGAUAAUGGAGAAAAUUUUAUGACCAAUCAGACAGAAGAAUAGAGUGAAUUUAAUACCAAGUAGAGUUGUAACAAUAAAAAUAAGUUUUCUUCGAUUUCAUCAUCUUCUACAGGCAUUUAUCAGAAGAAAAUAGAGGAGGUUCAAUAAGAGUUAAAAGAAAAGAUAAGUUUUUUGAUUGCCUUAGAAGAGGAGCUGCUUGAAACAAAAACUUAGCUAAAUAUGCAAAAAUUAGAAAAUUCAUCUCACAAAGAAAGAAUUAACAAAUUAUAAAAAGACAAUCAUUUAAUGCAAAAAUAGAUAACCCAAAUGGGUGAAACAAUAAAGAACCUUGAGAAAGCCAGCAAUUCGUUAGUUAAUUAAAUUUUGCUGAUCAAAAAUAAUAACGAAUUUAAUGUCAGCAAAGAACAUUAGAGUAGUGUCAAUAAUUUAAAUGAUAGUUGUGUUAACUCUUUAGCUAAUUAUCAAGAAUAUCUAAACGAUAUAGUAAAAAGUAAUAUAAAUUUAAGAAUAAGUCUAGAAGAAUUAAACUAAAAGUACGGUUAGCUUAAAAGUUAAAUCAAUUCAACAGUCUUUACUCACAGUUCUCCCGUUUCAACUAGAACUUAAAAUCUUUAGCUUGAAUCAACUCUCAGCACUAAUAAAUACAGAAGUAGCUUUUUAAAGGAUAUGUAAGAUAGUCUUGAAUGCAGAAGAAGUGUAUCACCCUCAAAUAUCUCUAGUAAGAGUAGAACUAGUAUGAGUCCUAUUCAAGGAGGAAUGAAUAUUGAGGAAUUUGAAAAAAAUUUGAGCUACAGUAAGUAGCAAGCAUAGUUUAGUUUGCAAGGAAGGGUUAGAGAAAUAAAGGAUUCGUGUGAUAAGUUUGUGAAUAAAUAUCUCAAGAAUAAAAGAAGAAACUGCUCUGAUGAAAAAGAAAGAUAGUUUUUUGUUGAAUUAGAUAACGAAUUUUAAUUGAUUAAUAACAAUAUCUAGAAAAUGGAAUCUUAUUUGGAGGAGGUUAAAUUUGAAAAUGAAUCAAGAGUAAAAAAUGCUAGAUAAUAAUUUGAAACAACUUUAAAAGAAAUAGAAUAAAUUAAGAAGAUUGCUGAGGAAAGAAAUAAAAUAUUAAUAGAUCAAGUUAAAUAGAUUGAGCAACAGAAUAUCAGUCUGAAUAAAACAGUUGAGAAUUAUAAAGGUUCGUUAAUGGAGAAUGAGAAGGGAUUAGAUGAAUCACGUCUUAAAUUAGAGACUUAUUAAAAGAGUACUGAAGAUUACUAAAUAAUGCUAAAACAAGUUAAUGAGACUUUGGCACUUAAAAAUGAAGAACUAGUUUAAAUGAAGGUGUAUAGAGAUAAUCUGGAGUAAGAUUUAAACUAGAAGGUUUUAAAUAUUAAAGAACUAAAAUUAGAAAACAAUGAGAACAGCUAGUUUAUUAGAAAACUUCAAGAACAAAUUAUAGCAUUAUAAAAGGAGAUAUAAGAUAAGCAGGAAGCUCUCUCUAAAUCUUAGGAGUUUGCUUAGCAGCUUAGAGAAGAGACUGAACGAAAAGCGAGCUCAAUUUAAAGAGACAAUUACUAAAUUCAAAAUAAAGAGAAAGAGUUUCUUGAAAAGGAAAUCAAAUUUAAGGAAAGAGAAAAUUAACUUCUAAAUGAGUUAUCUCAAAGGGAUUAAAUUAUUUCUAAUCUACAGGAUUAAAUAAAUGAAUUAAAUCAAUCUCACUUAAUUAAUAAAAUAGAAUCUGAAAAUUAAUGCCUUAAAACUGAAUUAGAUAACCUCAAAUAAAUAAAAUCUGAAUUCGAGAACAAUUUUAACAUUUUAUAAACACAAAUCACAGCAUUAAAAUCAGAAAACAAGGAAUUAAAAAAUGAUGAAGUAGAAAGAAAACUAUUGCAAUAUGAAAAAUAUAUUUAGCUUGAGCAAAAGCUAGGUUUACAGUAAACUGAUAUUUUACUUUUGGUAGAGAAGUUGCCUUUGGCUGAACAAGAACUUCAAAAUAUUGUUGCCUUAAAUGAAAAACUAUAAAACGAGAUAAGUAAAUUAAAAUAAGAAAAAACAGAUAGUGAAAAGGGAUAAAAAGAUUGGAAAAGUAAAUAUGAAAAGAGUAAUUAAGAAGUUAAACAUAUCCAAGAACAAUUUAAUCAAGAAAGAGAUUUGCUGAAGGAAAAUAUAAAGCAGCAGGUACAAAUGAAUUAACAGUUAUAGAAGUAGAAUUAGACAAUUAUGAAAAACUGUGAAAUCACUAAGUAAGGCUAAAUUAAUUUAGAGACUUAAAUUAAGAAUCUAACUGAAGAAAAUGAGCUGCUUUCUUAAAAGUGCAUUAAACUUGAAGAUUGUUUACAGUUAUUAGUUAAGGAAAGGGAGCUAAUUAAGAAAUAAUAGAAUGAAAAUAAAUUAAAAGAACUUUCAUCUUCUGAACAAAAUGUAAUUUAGAGUAUUGGCAGUGCUUCUUAAAAAUAAGUUCUUUAAAAAAAUCCAUAAAAAAAUGAUAAAAAAGACUAAUUAAGAAUCAGCACAUCAAAAGAUUAAGUUAAUCAUGUUGAAAGAUUGUAAACAAGUGUUUCACCAUCUAAUUCAAGAAGCUCUAAGCAAUCAACGAAAGUGAUUAAAAAUUUAAAUUAAAACUCUUCAAAUGGGAGUGCAAAUAAUAAUUUAAACUAGGCUAACAAUACUAAACAAAUAAACUAGCAACCUGUUAGCAGCAGCAUUACCAAAUAGAAACAAUCCCAAAAUAGUUAAAUUUUAUCCAAUAGCAUUCAAAGCUAAUCUUCAGCUAAAAGUUUUAUCAAUACUAACAGAAGCUAAUAACAAUUGACAUCUUCUUAACAAAUUAAGUAAAUGCAAUAGUUUCAUGCUAUGCAAGGUAUAUAGCAGCAUUAGCUUGCCUCUUUAAGCCCUAUGUCUUAAUAAAAAUAUUAAUAAGCUAACAAUUAAUCAAUUUAAUCUAACUCUAGUGGUAAAAACAGUAAUCUUGCCUUAUAAUCAAUUUCGCCUAAAAAUAUUUUAAGAAGUCAAGAAUUGAAAUCAAAACAAUUUACUGAAAAAGAAAAUAAUUCCUGUUUGUAAUAGGAAUAAAGUAUUAAAAUUUCUUAACUGAUAUAAAGCAAUUAAUUCAAUAACAAUAGCAACAGUUUAAUUCAGUCUCUUUCUGGAAAUUCGUUCACUCCUAACAAUAAGAAUUCAAAUAAUUUCAAUGGACCUUAAAAUUUAUUAAAUAGUUAACAUUUUAGGUAAACUAAUUAAAACAGUAACUGUGAAUACGCCAAAGAAAAUUCUAAUAGAAUUCUUAAUACUAAUUAAUUAAGUAAUUACCAAUAAGAUGAUGAAAAUUAGGAAAAUUAAAAAUAUUUUGCUUAAGAAAAUGAAAAUACCUAUAAUGUUGAAGAGAGUGGAACUAUUUACACUAAUAGAAUCCAAGAAAAGCCAUCUUACUCACAUAAUGAAGACUGUAAGAUAACAUCAGAUGAAGGAUAUUCAAAUACUAUGCAUACAAUAAACUUUUAUGAAGACUCAAAUAAUUAACAAUGGAAAAUUAAAUCUCUGAGAGAUCACCCAUAUGAGAUAGUAAAAAAGAAUGAUAAAAAUAUGAACCAAACAUUUGCAGAGGCUGACUAAUAUGAAGAUUUUGAGGAGAGAAAAGAUUUUGAUCCUAUUUAAUAACAACAAUAGGAGAGGUUUGAGAGAGAGAUUAAUCUAAGAGAACAAGAGCAAAGAGAGCUUUUCUAAAACAAAUUGAAUGAUUAAAAAUAUACCCAGCAUCAUCAAAAUAAUAAUUAAAUUUAGGAUAUUGAAUAAAAUUAAAUUUGGAAUGAGUAAUAAAUUAGAUAAGAUUUAUAAUAAAAAGAUACGUUCGAAAAUUAAUCAGAAAACGACAGCUAUUAAUAGUAAUUGCUCGAAUAAGGUUAAUAGUAAAUAAGAUAGAUCCAUGAAGGUUUCAGUUUUAAUAACGAAAUGUAACGUGGCAAAUUCAUGUUCUAGCAAUAACUUAAUAAUAUCAAUUUUAGUGAUGAAGCAUUCUAAACAGAACAGUAUUCUUUUAAUUGA